AUGCCAAUCAUGGACAAGGAAUUGCCAGAAAUCCUGGUCAUGGAAAUCCUUUUGAAGCUUCCUGUUAAAUCCUUGAUGAGAUUCAAGUGUGUUUGCAAGUCCUGGUACUCUUCUUUUCAAACUUCCUAUUUUAUCACCAAUCAUAGAAACGAUAACCUCAAUCUCCUUUUCUUCAAGGGUUUUCAUAAGGGCCCUCACCUCGUCCCACUUGCAACUAAAAUAGAAAUUAAGAAACAUGGUGGACUUGAGUUUAAUGUGAAAGUCCAGGAAAAUAUCCGUAUUCCUGUCUCUCUCUCUGGUUGUGGUUGGCGACUCAGAGUGUUUGAUAGUUGGCGACUCACAGUGUUUGGUCCGUGUAAUGGCUUGCUUUGUUUGCACGAUGGUUCUAGGAUUACCCUCUGGAAUCCUUCCACGAGAGAAGUUAAGCUCCUUCCUGAAUCCCCUAUCCUAUGUCCUCCUUCUGCUGAUCGCAUUUAUUUUUUUUGCAUUGGGUUCGGGUUUGAUCGCAAGUCAGAUGAUUACAAGAUUUUAGUGAAGGUUGCUCAUCAUGUCCGGUCAGAAUUUAUAUGUCUAAUUUAUUUAUACAGCCUAAAUACAAAUUCUUGGAGAGAAAUUCCUCACCCUAACGUCUUUAUUAACCCCCUUUCGUUUAACACUUACAUAAACGGCAUUUACUAUUGGAAAGUAGCCUGUAGUUAUGUGAUCCUUUCUUUCGACAUGGCUGAAGAGGUUUUCUCGACAUUACCCUUCCCGAAUUUCGCUAAGUCUAAUGCUGGGUGUUGUUGGCGUAUGACUUCCUUUAAUGAAGCUCUUGCUACAAUUGUUUAUCCAAAGGAAGGCAUGGAAAAAUGUUACGACGUAUGGGUCUUGAAUGGAUAUUCAUGGACUAAACAACUUACAAUUGGGCCUAUUCUAGGAGUCCAGAGGCCGUUGGCAUUGUGGAAAAAUGGAGAAAUGUUUUUGCUAGGUGAAAACGAUACACUGGUUAUGUUUGAUCCUUGCACUAAAAAGCUUCAGGAUUUCGGAAUCCGCAUGCCUAAGUACACAAGGCAGCCACCUGUUUAUGCUGAAAGCAUUGUUCCAAUCAAGGAAAUUUCAGAGUGUGGGGCAAAAUUAUAUAAGAAUUGCUCCAUGUCGGUGCCCAUGAUUGACAAGGAAUUGCCGGAAAUACUGGUGAUGGAAAUUCUUUUGAGGCUUCCUGUUAAAUCCCUGGUAAGAUUCAAGUGCAUUUGCAAGUCCUGGUGCUCUUCUUUUCAAACCGCCUAUUUUAUCACCAACUAUAAAAACAACAACCUCAAUCUCCUCUUGAAGGAUUUUAAAGUCUCUAACUUCUCCUUGCUUUCAACUGAAAGAGAAAUUAAGAAACAUGGUGGACCUGAUGUUGAGUUUAAUCUGAAAGUCAAAGAAAAUAUCCAUUUGCCUGUCUCUGUCUAUAGAAGUAGUAGGUCACGACUCACAGUGUCCGGAGUAUGUAAUGGCUUGCUUUGUUUGCACGAUGGUUAUAGGAUUACCCUUUGGAAUCCUUGCACGAGAGAAGUUAAGCUUCUUCCUGAAUCAACUAUCUCACUUCCUCCUUCCGUAGAUAGUACUUAUUUUCAUUGCAUGGGGUUCGGGUUUGAUCAUAAGUCAAAUGACUACAAGGUUUUAGUGAAUGUUAUUAAUCGUGUCCACGAUGAAGAGAGAAUUAUCUCGUUCAAAUAUAUAAAUCAAAUUCAUUUAUACAGCCUAAGUACAGAUUCUUGGAGAGAAAUUCCUCAUCCUAAGGUCCUAUUUUAUGGUCUUCAUCAUCUGUUUAUCACUUACAUAAACGGAAUUUGCCAUUACAUAAAUGGAAUUUGCCAUUGGCUAGCGUUUGGUGAUAGUGGUGAUCUGAUCCUUUCUUUCGACAUGGCUGAAGAAGUUUUCUCGACAUCACGCCUGCCGAAUUUCGGUAUGUCUAAGGCCGAGUGUUUUUGGGAGGCAUGGAAAAAUGCUAUGACAUAUGGGUCUUGA